AUGGCAUUUCCGAGCCAAUUGACAGCUUGGCUGUCUUUACUUUUCUUUGCCCUGAGCUGGCAGAGCUCUGCUGUUGCGGCGCAAGACGAAGGUCUUCUCAAUGGCGAGAUUGGCCGCUUGAACAACCAGAGCCUCCUAUGGGGGCCAUACCGACCCAAUCUGUACUUCGGCGUUCGCCCAAGGUUACCCAAGAGCUUGGCAACUGGUUUGCUAUGGGCCAAGGUUGAUAACUAUGUCGAUGUUCAAAGCAGCUUCCGCUACACCUGCGAACAGAACGAGGGCAUGGCUGGAUAUGGCUGGGAGGAAUACGACACUCGGAAGGGAGGCGUUCAGUCAAUUCACGAUGCGGGAAACAAGAUCGAUAUAACAACCACAUUCGUCAAGGUGCCAGGAGGUGGUCACGGCGGAAGUUGGGCUGCUCGGAUCAAGGGCGAACCUCGUGAAGAUGCCCCAUCCGACCUGAAGACUACAGUCAUGUUCUACAUUGCUUCAGAAGCUCUUGGCGAAGCUCUUGAGGUUGCCGGGGACGGUUCCGACACAGGAUUCGAUGGCGAUGUCACCUUCGCGGGUAAAUCUGGUGUUCUCGGGGAUUACAAGCUAGUCGUCACCAAGGGCAAAGGUAGCCACCCUUCUAGCGACCAUGCUGCAACCGAUCUCAGAGACCUCGAGAAGACGACUGUGACGUCGUUGACUUUGCCCGAAGAGCAUCUAUGGCAGGCCAAGAGCAUCAUAUUCCAGCAACUCAAAGUAGGCGUGGACGAGAUCAUCAAGGAGUUCGGACCGGAGAAUGCUCCGCCCCCAUGGCAAGUGUAUCAGCUUCCAAACAAGCCCAAUAUCGGAAAUGUGCACAUUGUGCAGAAAGUGUUCGAGGGACCUUUCGAGUUCGACAUGUUGUUCUCCAGCGGUUCAGCUGGCAAGGAUACCACGAGUGAGGAUUUGACUCGCGAGAUAAAGACGACAACCGAAGCAUUCAACGAGAAAUUCUCGGAUAUCUUCGCCCCGCAGGCACCUUUCAAGGCUGACAAGUAUCGCAAGUUCGGAAGAAGCAUGUUGUCGAAUUUGGCAGGAGGUAUAGGGUACUUCUACGGUCAGCAUGUGGUCGACAGAUCUUAUGCGUCUGAGUAUGACGAGGAGAACGAAGGGUUCUGGGAGGAGACUGCAGAGGCUCGUGGUCGCAGGCAGGAGCAACUCGAGGGGCCCUACGAACUAUUCUCCAGUAUUCCAUCUCGACCUUUCUUCCCACGGGGCUUUCUGUGGGAUGAAGGCUUCCACCUACUUCCCAUUGUUGACUGGGAUAUCGACCUCACGCUUGAGAUCGUGAAGAGCUGGUACAAUUUGAUGGAUGAGGAUGGCUGGAUUGCACGAGAACAAAUCCUGGGCGAUGAAGCUCGAAGCAAGGUUCCAGCGGAGUUCCAGGUCCAAUACCCGCACUACGCCAACCCGCCAACACUCUACUUGGUUCUGGAAGCGUUCACUGAGAAGCUUCAGAAGGUGAACGGCAGCGGGGGUUCUGGUAAGGAACGACUGUCGCAGGGCGAGUCUCUCGAGAGUGCUCACACCGAUAACCCGGAACUGGGAGUCGAAUACCUUCGCAGCUUGUAUCCUCUUCUUCGACGCCAGUACCUGUGGUUCAGAAAGACCCAAUAUGGUGACAUUACAGGGUACGACCGAGAGGCAUUUUCAACCAAGGAAGCCUACCGAUGGCGAGGACGUUCUGUCCAACACAUCUUGACAAGUGGCCUUGAUGACUACCCUCGACCACAACCCCCUCACCCUGGUGAGCUCCACCUCGAUCUAAUCUCAUGGAUGGGCAUGAUGACUCGGACCCUGGCCAAGAUUGCCGAUUUCGUAGGCCUCCCUGAGGAUGUCCAAGAAUACGACAAAGCCUACAACGGCAUCGUGCGCAACCUAGAGGACCUUCACUGGUCCAAUUCAGAAGAGACCUUUUGCGAUGCCACAAUCGACGACUUUGAAGAGCACACGCUAGUAUGCCACAAGGGUUAUGUGACCCUGUUCCCACUCCUUAUGGGCCUGCUACAACACGACGACUUCAAGCUCGGCAAGCUCCUUGACCUUCUUGGCGACGAGGAAGAACUGUUCAGUCCCCACGGAAUCCGCAGUCUAAGCAAGAAGUCCGAAUUCUAUGGCACGGACGAAAACUACUGGCGCAGCCCCGUAUGGAUCAAUAUCAACUACCUUGCCAUUGUGCAACUCCGCCGCUACGCCCUUAAAGGCGGUCCAUACGCUGCAAAGGCCAAGGACCUAUACAACCGCCUCCGACAUAACAUCAUCGAAACCGUAUAUAAGAGCUGGGAGGAGACGGGGUUCGCGUGGGAGCAGUACAACCCGGAGACUGGCCAGGGACAGCGGACGCAGCACUUCACGGGGUGGACGAGUCUGGUGGUUAAGAUCAUGGCCAUGGAUGAGCUGAGUGGAUCCAGCAGCCAUUCCAGAGAUGAGCUAUGA